AUGGAAGAAUAUGCAGUGGUUUUUACUGCUAAUGCAACACAUGCUCUUCGACUGGUUGCAGAUAACUUUGCAUUCAACGAAAGAGGCUCUUCUGAAACCCGCUUUUCUACAACUCCUUAUGAAAAAGCUAAAAUCACGUCAACUGACCUCGUUCUAGGGCCGAUAUUUGCUUACCUGAGAGAUUCACACAACUCAGUCGUUGGAAUGAGGGAAAUAGUCAAGGAUAAAGUGGACGAAGUUGUCUGUGCAGACGCUUGUGAGAACCUGCUCGUUAAGACUGAAUGCAGCCUCUUCGCAAUGACAGCGAUGAGCAACUUCUGUGGACGAAAGAUGGUGGAUUUGUCUCGAUGCAGCUUCGUUGGUUUCCACAUCACCGCUGCCUCUCAGAGAGAUGCAAUAGAUCGUUUACGACCUCGAGGAUUCGCUGGUGGGACGGUCAAGCAAAUCCUCAGCGAUGAAUUUUAUUCGGUUCUGAGAGAUAACAUAGAAGAGAGAUUAGAACAUGGAACACUAAAUUACUAUGCCAUUUGUGCUUUAACGAAAGGUUUCGACGACUUGAAGAGAUACGGUAUGCGGAGGGAUAUUUUUUUGAAGCUGCAUAUCAUUUCAUUUACAGCAGGCACUCUUUCUUUUGACUUACCCUUUCAUUGCUCGGCCAAAGCGCUAUCUUGUAAUACGAAAAAUGCCAACAUUUUUCUCUACCGUAAUUUAUUACACGUACCUAUGCACUCGAAAUUUACUUAUCAACAUCAUAUUUUGUGA